GUACAGUACAUAGGCCUAUAUUCACUCAAGCACUAGACUAACGGCUUUACCCGGAUUUAGCUUAACUUUACCUCAUCUCACACAAACUCCAGAGAGGAUUCUGCUGGAAUCGUUCAUCUCAUUACUGGCUAUUAAUCGUCUUUGUUUGUAAAAACAAUGCAAGGUAAAUAAGAGGAAAUUAUCAUCUUUGAACGCCAACACAAUGACAAAGACAAAAGUUGAGGCAAAUCCUGAGUCUAAUGCACGCUCAUCCCAUCACGGACGGGACGGGCAGGAUAAAGCCUGCGGGGACGCGAGCAGCCAGCAGCCGUCAAGACAAACCCCCCGGCAUCAUGUGCAACACAUGACGUCAAAACAACCCCAGGCGAACGCUUCGUCUAAAAUCAUCCCAGCAGCCUCACAGAGCAAAACCAACGAGGUUCACUCUAAGAAACCAAAGCGUGGAGCAUCUGUCACGCCAAACAUCCACGCAGGGAAAAAGGAGAUGAGACCAGAGUCGAGAAAACGCUCCGAUAGCAAUCGCAGUAAAUCGUGCGAGAGGAGAAAGCUGUCGGAUGGCAGCAUCACGUCUGAUGACCUGAGUAAAGACUCGGGCUGUGCUACCGGGAAACUGUCUUCCACCGACAGCAGCUCUGAGAUCUCGGACGCAUCUGAGGAGCAUAAGCAGUCACAGCAUGGUGAAGUCUGUCACAGAGGUACAGACGAAGAGAUGAUGGACGAUUCAGCUGAGCAAAUAUUAUCAGAACACAGAGUAGAAGAUGGUGUGAUUAAUGCCACCCUGUCUCCAGGGUUUGGCUUCGGAGAGGGAAGCAUCUCUCCUGGAGACCAGCGGUCCUACGUUUCUCUGGACAGUCGCUUGAACUUGAGCGCGUCUGUGGCAUUUUCGGAUCUGACUGGAGACUUUGCUGAUGGGGUGCAUGAGGAUCUGCUGAGAGAGAUUGACGACCUAAGAUCAGAAAAUGAAUAUUUGAAGGACGAAAUGGAGGAGCUCCGCUCGGAGAUGCUGGAGAUGAGGGACAUGUACAUGGAGGAGGAUGUUUACCAGCUGCAGGAACUCCGACAGCAGCUGGAACAGGCCAACAAGGCCUGUCGCAUCCUCCAGUACCGACUUAGGAAAGCAGAAAGACGCAGCCUGCGUGUAGCCCAGACGGGACAGGUGGACGGAGAGCUUAUCAGGACACUUGAACAUGAUAUUAGGGUGGCAAAAAGCGUGUCCCUUCGCCUACACAGCGAACUUGAGGCCAUUCAAAAGAAAAAUUCAAGGCUGGAAUGGGAAAAUGAGGAGUUACGUGAACGGCUGCAAGAUCUGGAGGUGGCAAAGCAGGUCCUACAGGCUGAGAUGGACAAAUCACAGAAUUCUUUAAAGAGACGAAGUUUGAGAUCAACAUCCAGCAAGAGUGAAAAGAAGCUCUCUUCACAGGAUGACAGUACUGAUUUGAAAUGCCAGCUCCACUUUGCCAAAGAAGAGUCUGCGCUCAUGUGCAAGAAACUAACUAAGAUUGCCCUGGAGAGUGAGGCGAUGCGGGAGGAGCUCGCCAAAUACCGUCUGCUUUAUGGUGAGGUGGAUGAAACCCAGGCUGCAGCGGGCGCCACUAACUCCGCCCACACCCGAGAAGCAGAGGUCAAAGUUCACUUGCGGCUGGUGGAGGAAGAAGCCACGCUGCUGAGUCGUCGAAUAGUGGAGCUAGAGGUAGAGAACCGUGGGUUGCGAGCAGAGAUGAGUGAACUGCGUGAACGAGGAGGAGGAAGCCUGGAAGAAGAGGAGACGAUGAAGGGGGCCAGUGAAGGAUUAGCAGUGCCUCUCCAAACUGGGGAACAGGGGGAGAUGCUUAGAGGUGGAUGUCUGGAUGGGAAAGAGAAUGGAGAUGCAACGACUACCCACAAUAAUAUGCAGGAGAACCAGAUGCAUGUAGAGGAGGUUCAUGCUUCUAUCAGCCACAUGCACAGAGAAGGGCCGAUUGGUGGGGAACAGGAGCUUUCUGCAGAAACUAAAGCGGAAGACGGACAAGCUCAGUGUAUGUCAGACUGCACAUUUGGAGUGAAAGAUCUAGAGAGUCUUCUUGCCAUCCAUGACCAGGCGCUGCUUGUCAGAUCGACUAUCCAGCUCCUAAUAACCCCAGCAAAAAAUGGCCUCUCACCUACAUGUACCCAUAACACUCCUGCUGGUGCUCCCUACUUAGGCAAAUCUGCAGUAGAUCCUCAGUGCAAAACACAUCAGUGGCUUUUAGACCCCAUGCUGAGUCCCUUGACCAAUGGAUUAGAGGUGUUACAAGCACAACUGCAUGCUCUUGUCAAAAAGUUGGAGGUGCUGUCAAACUCCAAUUCAGAGCGCCCUGGGCCUGUUACAGAGAAGAAUAUGUUGCGUUUUGACGAAGAUUUAAUUGAAAUGAAAGAGGACUCAAAGAAUCAAGCAAGUCGCAAACUUCCAUGUGAAGAAAAUGUUGGAAAUCAUUGUAACCAGGACAGCUUAGUGCUGCUCAAUCUGCAGCUCCAAUGGUUCAUCCAGCAGUGGAGGCAGGGAGAGAGACCCACAGCUGAUGGAAAGAGCCUGUUUGAGAUGUAUUGUCAGAAUGAUCAUCAUCUGCUUAAGGACACAGAGUCAAAAGCAUGCGAGUAUAAUCUUCAACAGAAGUGCAACAGUCAGGUAAGCAGUGCCCUGCUGUCAGACCUCAGGACAGCACUGUCGGAUCUGUUUUCUGAACUUAUGGAGCAGCACAGGGCAGCCCAGUUUGUCAUCCGGCAGUUUGCUAAAGCCAAAGCAGCGUGGGCCGUGGAAUGUGCAGAGCUCAAGAGCCUCAUAAGCAGGCUGGAUGGUUCAGCUGGGAAGGCAGGAGUAAAGGGUCCAUCAGACCUGAAUGCGGCUUUGCAGAAGGACCAUAUUGAGAAGCUUCAGCACCUGUUAGCAGAGUCCUACACUGCAGUGAUGGACCUGACAAGACAGCUGAAGGUCCGUGAAAGCAGCUGGAGCUCUGAGCAGCAGGAACUGCUAGAACACCUGAACCAUGUGCGUCUAGAGUGCGAAGGGUUGAAGACAGCUAAGCAAAAUAAAAAAAUGCAGUGCCAGCUCCACUUUGCCAAAGAGGAGUCUGCGCUCAUGUGCAAGAAGCUAACAAAGAUGGCUCUGGAGAGCGAGGCGAUGCGGGAGGAGCUCGCCAAAUACCGUCUGCUUUAUGGUGAGGUGGAUGAAACCCAGGCUGCAGCGGGCACCACUAACUCCGCCCACACCCGAGAAGCAGAGGUCAAAGUUCACUUGCGGCUGGUGGAGGAAGAAGCCACGCUGCUGAGUCGUCGAAUAGUGGAGCUAGAGGUAGAGAACCGUGGGUUGCGAGCAGAGAUGAGUGAACUGCGUGAACGAGGAGGAGGAAGCCUGGAAGAAGAGGAGACGAUGAAGGGGGCCAGUGAAGGAUUAGCAGUGCCUCUCCAAACUGGGGAACAGGGGGAGAUGCUUAGAGGUGGAUGUCUGGAUGGGAAAGAGAAUGGAGAUGCAACGACUACCCACAAUAAUAUGCAGGAGAACCAGAUGCAUGUAGAGGAGGUUCAUGCUUCUAUCAGCCACAUGCACAGAGAAGGGCCGAUUGGUGGGGAACAGGAGCUUUCUGCAGAAACUAAAGCGGAAGACGGACAAGCUCAGUGUAUGUCAGACUGCACAUUUGGAGUGAAAGAUCUAGAGAGUCUUCUUGCCAUCCAUGACCAGGCGCUGCUUGUCAGAUCGACUAUCCAGCUCCUAAUAACCCCAGCAAAAAAUGGCCUCUCACCUACAUGUACCCAUAACACUCCUGCUGGUGCUCCCUACUUAGGCAAAUCUGCAGUAGAUCCUCAGUGCAAAACACAUCAGUGGCUUUUAGACCCCAUGCUGAGUCCCUUGACCAAUGGAUUAGAGGUGUUACAAGCACAACUGCAUGCUCUUGUCAAAAAGUUGGAGGUGCUGUCAAACUCCAAUUCAGAGCGCCCUGGGCCUGUUACAGAGAAGAAUAUGUUGCGUUUUGACGAAGAUUUAAUUGAAAUGAAAGAGGACUCAAAGAAUCAAGCAAGUCGCAAACUUCCAUGUGAAGAAAAUGUUGGAAAUCAUUGUAACCAGGACAGCUUAGUGCUGCUCAAUCUGCAGCUCCAAUGGUUCAUCCAGCAGUGGAGGCAGGGAGAGAGACCCACAGCUGAUGGAAAGAGCCUGUUUGAGAUGUAUUGUCAGAAUGAUCAUCAUCUGCUUAAGGACACAGAGUCAAAAGCAUGCGAGUAUAAUCUUCAACAGAAGUGCAACAGUCAGGUAAGCAGUGCCCUGCUGUCAGACCUCAGGACAGCACUGUCGGAUCUGUUUUCUGAACUUAUGGAGCAGCACAGGGCAGCCCAGUUUGUCAUCCGGCAGUUUGCUAAAGCCAAAGCAGCGUGGGCCGUGGAAUGUGCAGAGCUCAAGAGCCUCAUAAGCAGGCUGGAUGGUUCAGCUGGGAAGGCAGGAGUAAAGGGUCCAUCAGACCUGAAUGCGGCUUUGCAGAAGGACCAUAUUGAGAAGCUUCAGCACCUGUUAGCAGAGUCCUACACUGCAGUGAUGGACCUGACAAGACAGCUGAAGGUCCGUGAAAGCAGCUGGAGCUCUGAGCAGCAGGAACUGCUAGAACACCUGAACCAUGUGCGUCUAGAGUGCGAAGGGUUGAAGACAGCUAAGCAAAAUAAAAAAAUGCAGUCCCCCAGAUACAAGAUGUUGACCAAAGAUGCAAAAAUGGAGAGGAUGCCUCUCAAAACUGGCAUGGCAAAACCCAACAAGAACUGGAAGUACCUCAGUCGAGAAGCUGCCGUUCUGGACAGAGAAGACCCCUGCAAGACUUGGGACUCUCCUAUCAUGCCUCCCAGUUUCCUUGGUCUGACCUUAAACCAGGAGCUGACCCAGAGAAGCCACACUGCUCCAGAGAGAACCAGCAUUCGUAUAUAUUACAGCCCACCAUCAGCAAAAAGGAUCCAAAUGAGCUCUCCGAUAGCAGCAGAGGAGGAAGCGCUUAAGGAGAGCCAGGAACCACAUUUCAAUGCUGUUUCCUGUGGCCUUGUAAACCAAGACUGGGCCGCUGCAUAUGAAAACUGGCUGGGUAGCCUGCCGUUUGACUGCCAAAGUUUGAUGGAGAGAGAUUCGAAGGCUGUCAUCAGUUCUACAUCCUCCUCUGGUCUUCAGACCUCCAGUAUGACAUCCCCUUCACGCUUGGCUUUCAAUAACUUGGACGUCUCAGCCAACCUGAGUGAUGACAUGAAGGAAAUCACAGCCAGUGUGCUGCAAACCUCCCAAUCCAGCCCUCUGGAGAGGAAAAGAGCAAAGGAUUUUGGGAGCAGUAUGGUAAGUGUUGUGAGUAUAGGAACGCAAACUCAAUCCCAACCACAGGUGACCACAGUUGGGCUACAAACCGAUGGUCCUCGAUGUCUUCAUGCUGCGAAGCACUGGUCGCCCCGAGUGACCUCAUUUGUAUCUUCAAGAACCCCGCAGACAUCAGUGUCACUGGAAAGGGUCCCUGGUCCAGCAGAUCGGUUUCAACCACAGACCACCUCGCCAAAAAUACAACGCAGACACUCUGCAUCCUCUCCGUUUUCCUCUAAGUCUUCCUCUUCCACAUCCCCCUCAUCCUCUUCCUCUUUCACCACAUCCUCUUUGUCCCCCUCCUCAUCUCCGAGCGCCUCCUCCAGGCUAGAUUAUGGAGCAAAAGAGCGUGGUUUGUGGGCUCUGCCGCAACGUGCUUCGACACCUAGCAGGCCGAGUUCAGUAUCAGUGCAGGGCAGCGAUAAACAUGGUGGCCGUAAAAAUGUAGGCGUUCACAAAUAUGGUCUGGUCCAUGAGUUUCUGCGCAAUGUCUGUGGUCGAGGAGAAAAGACCAACCCGGAGAUGGAGAAAGCGCCAGCAGCUCGUAGGGAUCACAUCGGUCUGGUGGGUUCAAAGAAAUCCGAGCAUCCCCCAUCUCGUAUACCAGCAGUGCCACUGGUCAGAAACGACAGCAUCACCAAAAUUGUGAACCGCAGAUUUAUGAAACAAAGCCAAAAAGAGGAGACGGUGUGUCAGAGCCAGAUCCAAACUCAGCGCCAAAUCGACAGGGGUUCAGUCAGAAAGAACAAGGGCUUGGAGGAUGGAGCCUGUGACUGCAGCUCACGCGCUUUGACAUCCUGUUUUGCUCGACCCUCACAAAAAAACCUCCGGCACAUUCACAGUCAAAACAAGCCCCGCCCACACGAACACCCCCUAUCCCGUGGUAAAGGUGAUUCUCUUCCUUAAUGGGACUGACACCAUGACACUUCUGGGAUCUACAGGCUUGCAUGGACAGAUUUCUUCAGAACUGGAAUGCCCAUCAUUCAUACAUUUCUACAUAUUCCCCACACCUUUUGUGUUUGGCUAAAUUGAUUAUGCCUUCAGUUCCAUUUUAGCGUGUUAUAAUCCAUUCCAAAAUCUUUCACUCAAAAUCAGCGUAAAAAACAUGAAAAAGGUUUGCAGAUGCCUUCUGGGACUGGGGUUAGGGAAAUGUCUCCAGGCUAAGUUACUGGCUUUAAUAUUUGUU